ACUCCUGUAAUCUCCCCCACAAGUUACAAAAAAAUACAACUAGCUAGGAUAUUACAUUCAUUUCCACACUCUCUUCCACACAUCCCCUUAGAAUUCUCCUUUAAAAAGGGUACCCCCUCUUUCUCCUGUCACCACUAAGUCUUUAAUUUUCAUUUCCUUUUAGUCAUGGCUUCUAGGAAGAUCUCCGCAGUUGUUAUAAUCUUUUCUCUCCUUUGCUACUCCACAUUCACUAGUGCUUGCGGCUCAUGCAAGCCUUUACCUUCGCCUCCACCUCCCGCUGCCUGUCCACCACCUCCAGUGGAAUAUUGCCCUAAGGACACUCUUAAGCUAGGGGUAUGCGCUGGUCUCUUGGGACUCGUCAACGUGGUCGUGGGAUCUCCUCCUUCGAGCGAAUGCUGCGCUUUGCUGUUGGGCUUGGCUGACUUGGAGGCUGCUCUGUGCCUCUGCACCGCCAUUAAGGCCAAUGUUCUUGGAAUCAACUUGGACGUUCCGGUCACUCUCAGCUUGAUCCUCAGCGCCUGUCAAAAGAGUGUUCCUCCAGGUUUCCAAUGUGCUUAGAGAAAUAGAGGCACCCUGGGUUACAUGACUUAGUUUGAUUUAGUUUGGUUCUGUGUAACUUAAUACGCGUGUGUGAUCCUUGUUUUCUCAAUACGUGUUCUUAAUUAGUACUGUUUUUUACCAGGGUUUAUCUUUCGGUUUGGGGUUAAUAGGGUGUAUUUUGUUCAAAUAAAAUAUUACUGGGCAGGCAGGCUUAACUUCCUCAGCCUAAUGUAAUGAUCUCAGUUAGUGUUGAUGUAUAGUGUAAGAGGUUUUUCAGUGAUUAAUGCUAGCUUCUUCUCCAAUUUGUGAACAUAUCUAUUUAAGA